AUGGCGGCCCUUGACAGGGCCCCUCGGGUGCGCAAGUUCGCCGCCUCCAGUCGAGAGGAGGCCAUUCCGCGGACAAGGCUGCAAGACACGCCAGUGACGGCCCCUGCAGCAAACUUAGGCAUUGGCGCUAUACGAGACAUCAGUCCAAUUGCCGUCCGCGAGAAUGGAUACAAUCCAGAGUCGGUCCUGUCGAGCCUGAUCUCCCUGGAAGCACAUGGCGGUGAGCAAAUUAGACGACGACCUCAGAGCCGCAUGGCCUGGUAUCAGAGGCACAAGGCCAAACGACAAACCGAGUCUCGCCCCAUGACCGCAGCCCAUCGAGCCUACCUGGACGAAAUCCGUGCGAUGGGGGAUGUGCCCCAACAAACUGUGGCCGCACUGCUACCUCUGUACAUCACAAUGCUCGACGACCUUAUUCCGCUACUUGAUGGGCCUCAGUUGUUUCGAGACUGGAGCAACGGAACAGCAUCGUGCUUUCUGGUAAACGCAGUGUGCCUCGUGGUCUGCAAGAGUCCUCAGGCCGCGCCUUUCCUGCACCUUGACACACCGGCCCCAGGCCUGCCUAUAGCCGCACCGAGCGAUCAAGCUAGAGCAGCACCACUGUCGGCUCUCGAAUUCGCCUCCCGCCUCUUCCUCGCGUUGGACGCCGCUAUGAAGGCUGAUCUGGAGCCAGACAGGACGGGCCCGGGGGUCUGGAUCGGACCAUGA